AUGACUUUCACACCAAUAGCAUCUCCACCUUUUCAACCAUUAUAUGACGGUCCUUUAUGUAUGCCACCUUUUCUUUUCAAUCGUAUGUCACGACCUUUUACGUCAUUACCAUUACCACCACCUUUACCAGAUUUUAAAUCAUUACCUGUUACACCUGUCGUUCAACAAAUGGUCAGGCAACAAUAUGCUAAUCCAAUUGCUGUUAUACCUUUUACUCCAAAUUGGCUAAUAUCUCAACCAAUGAUAUCAUAUCAUCCACAAUUACAAGACAUGCAAAAACAAUCAAUGAUAUCUACAUCAACUUUGCCAUCGUUUCAAUUUUCUUUACAACCAUAUGUCCGUCCUAAUUUACGAUGGAGCAGCAUGCCACUAUUACCAACAGACUCUUCAGCUUUAUCACAUUUCUCUAAUUCAAUUUUAACAACACCUCAAUACACGAAAAGCAACUAUUCUAACAUGUGUCGUGCGUGUCCACCAAUGCCACCUCUGCUUAACAUUCCAGUUACGAAUUACCAUUGGGUACAUCAUUGCUCUGCUUGUCAUCGUGCACCUGCUGAUUUUACUAAGUCAAAUAUUCGAUCAACUAAGGGACGAAUUACGCCAUUACUUCGUCGUCCAAUGGUACCGCAACAUGUAGACAAUCGAAAAAUUCGACGACAACAACAACAACAAUAUCCUCAUAUCCAUACAUCCGUUACGACGCGCCCAUGGUUAUAUAACAUGCCACCACAUCCACCAGAUGCUGUUAUUAAUUCUAAGAAAUUCGUUCCUAGGAAUCAUUUGUCUCAAGCACACUAUUACUCACAAAAAUAUCAAACACAAUCUUCACGUGUUACUCAUUCUGUACUACGAUCAACAACCACAAAUACAAUGAGUGAUAAUCGCAGUCAAACCAAUAAAGAUAGCUUAGAAAAGCAACAACAUAAAAACACUAUGAAUGAUAAUAAAUCUCAAUCAUCAAAUAAUUCCAAUGGUACCCAAUCAAAAUCUUCUUCGUCAACCUCAAAUACUAAUCGCUCGUCUACUCCAUUAAUAUAUCCAUUAUGUAAUUUAUCACCUAUUAUUGAUCAUGAAAAAUCUGAUAUAAUUUCAUGUAAAACUCAAAAAAGUAUCAGCCGUAAGCAACUGUCUACAGAAGUACAUAAUGCCAGUCAUUUCUAUAAUUAUCAACCUGUUGAGUUAAUUGCUGUUUACCACUAUAAUCGUCGUUUUAAAUCGAGUAAUGAAGAUUCAACCACUACUUCAAAAUCUAGUGUAUCAUCAAAUCUUUGUAUUGAUGAAGACGAUAAAGAGAAUAGUCCGCCAUUAUCUAUUCAUUGCCAUUCAAUGAAAGAAGAAGAAGAAGAAGAAGAAUCACAACAAGAUGAGGAGAAAUAUAUUCAUGUUCUUUCUCCUACACCAUUUCAAUUAGAAGAACCUAAAAAUACACCAAUUAUCGUACAAGAAUUCUUAACAAGAUCAUUAUCGACAAUUAGUACAGUUUCAUCUAGUACAGUGUUCAGUAUUAUUGACGACGACUUGGAUUCGUUUUCUAUUACAAGCAUGACAAAAGAAGACACAUACGAAGACAACAAAACCACGCCAAGUGAAACUGUUCGAUAUAUGGAUGUUUGGAAUAUAUAA